CGGGGACGCGGGGCGCGCUGUCGGGCGGGGGCGAGGUUCGGGCCGGUUGUGCCGUUGCGAGGUUGCAGCUGCGAUCGCUGCGGUGGGCCCAGAAUAGUAUCCUGACUUUGUAAAUUGGAGAAGCCAGUGACACUGCCAGUGUUCUUUUCAGGUAGUGUCUUUGGGAUCCGGUGCAAGUCGAAUCAUUGUUUAAAUAAGGUGUAAUUGAAAAGUGACCCUCUCUUCAGAGAUGUCAAAAACAAACAAAUCCAAGUCUGGAUCUCGCUCUUCUCGCUCAAGAUCUGCAUCAAGAUCUCGUUCUCGUUCAUUUUCGAAGUCUCGGUCCAGAAGUCGAUCUGUUUCUCGUUCAAGGAAGCGCAGGCUGAGUUCUAGGUCUCGUUCCAGAUCAUAUUCUCCAGCUCAUAACAGAGAGAGAAAUCACCCAAGAGUAUAUCAGAAUCGGGAUUUCCGAGGUCACAACAGAGGCUAUAGAAGGCCCUAUUAUUUCCGUGGGCGCAACAGAGGCUUUUAUCCGUGGGGCCAGUAUAACCGAGGAGGCUAUGGAAACUACCGCUCGAAUUGGCAGAAUUACCGGCAAGCAUACAGUCCUCGUCGGGGCCGUUCCCGAUCCCGGUCCCCAAAGAGAAGGUCCCCUUCACCGAGGUCCAGGAGCCAUUCUAGAAACUCCGAUAAGUCUUCCUCUGACAGGUCGAGGCGCUCCUCAUCGUCUCGUUCUUCCUCCAACCACAGCCGAGUUGAAUCUUCUAAGCGCAAGUCUGCAAAGGAGAAAAAGUCCUCUUCCAAGGAUAGCCGGCCGUCUCAGGCUGCUGGGGAUAACCAAGGAGAUGAGGCCAAGGAGCAGACGUUCUCUGGAGGCACCUCUCAAGACACAAAAGCAUCUGACAGCUCGAAACCGUGGCCAGAUGCCACCACAUACACUGCUGGUUCUGCGUCACGGGCCUCUGCAGUUUCUGAGUUGAGUCCCCGGGAGCGAAGCCCUGCUCUCAAAAGCCCGCUCCAGUCUGUGGUGGUGAGGCGGCGCUCACCCCGUCCUAGCCCUGUGCCAAAACCUAGCCCUCCACUUUCCAGCACGUCCCAGAUGGGCUCAACUCUGCAGAGUGGUGCUGGGUACCAGGCCGGGACACACCAAGGUCCAUUCGAUCAUGGCUCUGGGUCCUUGAGUCCAUCCAAAAAGAGCCCUGUGGGUAAGAGUCCACCGGCCACUGGCUCCACGUAUGGCUCGUCUCAGAAGGAGGAGGCUGCUGCUCCAGGAGGAGCAGCCUAUACAAAGAGGUACCUAGAAGAGCAGAAGACCGAGAACGGAAAAGAUAAGGAACAGAAACAAACAAACACUGAUAAAGAGAAAAUGAAAGAAAAAGGGAGCUUCUCUGACACGGGCUUGGGUGAUGCUAAAAUGAAAUCUGAUCCAUUUGCUCCCAAAACUGAUGCUGAAAAGUCUUUUCGGGGUAGCCAGUCUCCCAAAAGGUAUAAGCUUCGAGAUGACUUUGAGAAGAAGAUGGCUGACUUCCAUAAGGAGGACAUGGAUGGUCAAGAUAAAGACAAAGCGAAGGGAAGGAAGGAAUCAGAGUUUGAUGAUGAACCCAAAUUUAUGUCGAAAGUUAUAGCAGGUGCAAACAAAAACCAGGAGGAGGAGAAGUCCGGCAAAUGGGAGGGCCUGGUGUAUGCGCCUCCAGGAAAGGAAAAGCAGAGGAAAACCGAGGAGCUGGAGGAGGAAUCUUUCUCAGAGAGAUCCAAAAAGGAGGAUCGGGGAGGGCCCAAGAGAACCGAAAGUGGGCACCGGGGCUUUGUGCCUGAAAAGAAUUUCCGAGUGACCGCUUACAAAGCAGUCCAGGAGAAAAGCUCUUCACCUCCCCCGAGAAAGACCUCUGAGAGCCGAGAGAAGCUAGGAGCCAAAGGAGACUUUUCCUCAGGGAAGUCUUCCUUUUCUAUUACUCGAGAGGCCCAGGUCAAUGUCCGGAUGGACUCUUUUGAUGAGGACCUUGCCAGACCCAGUGGCUUAUUGGCUCAGGAACGCAAGCUCUGUCGGGAUCUAGUCCAUAGCAACAAAAAGGAACAGGAAUUUCGUUCCAUUUUCCAGCACAUACAGUCAGCUCAAUCUCAGCGGAGCCCCUCUGAACUGUUUGCCCAGCAUAUAGUGACCAUUGUUCACCAUGUUAAAGAGCAUCACUUUGGGUCCUCAGGAAUGACAUUGCAUGAGCGCUUUACUAAAUACCUAAAGAGAGGAACUGAGCAGGAGGCGGCUAAAAACAAGAAAAGCCCAGAGAUACACAGGAGGAUAGACAUUUCUCCCAGUACAUUCAGAAAACAUGGUUUGGCUCAUGACGAAAUGAAAAGCCCACGGGAACCUGGCUACAAGACUGAGGGAAAAUACAAAGAUGAUCCUGUUGAUCUCCGCCUUGAUAUUGAACGUCGUAAAAAACAUAAGGAGAGAGAUCUUAAACGAGGUAAAUCAAGAGAAUCAGUGGAUUCCCGAGACUCAAGCCACUCGAGGGAAAGAUCAGCUGAGAAAACAGAGAAAACUCAUAAAGGAUCAAAGAAGCAGAAGAAGCACCGGAGAGCGCGAGACCGGUCCAGGUCAUCCUCCUCUUCCUCCCAGUCAUCCCACUCCUACAAAGCGGAAGAAUACACUGAAGAGACAGAGGAGAGGGAAGAGAGCACCACAGGCUUUGACAAGUCCAGACUGGGGACCAAAGACUUCGUGGGUCCAAGUGAAAGAGGAGGCAGAGCUCGAGGGACCUUUCAAUUUCGAGCCAGAGGGAGAGGCUGGGGCAGAGGCAACUACUCUGGUAACAACAACAAUAACAGCAACAAUGAUUUUCAAAAGAGAACCCGGGAGGAGGAGUGGGACCCCGAGUACACACCCAAAAGCAAGAAGUAUUACUUGCAUGAUGACCGUGAAGGCGAAGGCAGUGACAAGUGGGUGAGCCGGGGUCGGGGCCGAGGAGCCUUCCCCCGGGGUCGAGGCCGGUUCAUGUUCCGGAAAUCCAGCACCAGCCCCAAAUGGGCCCAUGACAAGUUCAGUGGGGAGGAAGGGGAGAUUGAAGACGACGAGAGUGGGACAGAGAACCGAGAAGAGAAGGACAAUUUACAGCCCACAACUGAGUAGGGGCCACUCUGAUGGGAGCCCCUGCCCAGGGGAGAGAGGGCGCUGGGAAGAUGGCUGGUGAGGAGCGAAACAGAGAAGCCUCAAGAUUGCGAAAAUCCCACCCCCCUCACCCCCCAGCCACGCAGAAUCCUAUAUCACCGCCGAAAGCAUCCCUGGCGCCAAGUCCCACUGGACAGGCGGCCGGCUGAGGGGCCUGGGGGUUGGGCCCAGCUCUGGAGCAGAACACAACACAUUGGGCUUUAGCUGUGUUUCUCAUUUGUUGUUGGUGUGCGGGGUGGGGGCUGGGGUAGGGAGGGGAGAGCGAUACCUGGAUUUUGGUUUGUUCCCUAUUAGAAACCAACAGUUUUGUUCUUAAUUUCAUUUGGAGCUAAGAGGACUAAUUUGAUUUUCAAUCUCUUCUCCCUUAUCCUGAUUUUAAAAGCCCUUCUUCUUCCUUUUUUUUCUUUUUUCUUUUUUUUUAGGCAUAUGUAGUAACCAUAGCAGAAAGAUUUAAUUUGGGCAACUUUGAUUCUUCAAAGAGAAAACAAAGCAUGUGAAUAAACUUUGAAGUGUUCACCUCAGUUUGGGACCAAACUGCUUGGAUCUUUGUAAAAAUUGGUUUUGUAUGUCGAGGAGGAGUUCAAGGCCUUUCUGACCACCUUGUGUUCCCCUUUUCUGCACAGCCAUGUAUCCGAUGGUGUGCUGCUAACCAUACCCCACGUCCCCCCCACACCCCAAUAUUUUCUGAUUUCUUCUGGGCUGGGCAUCCCAUUCUCCACCAGCAGCUCCAGUAUCCCAAACUUUGUAGUCCUGCUGAUCCUCUCAGCAACAGGGGUGGAAACUGGACGGCAGUUUCUGGUCUGUUUUCUAAGAAACUUCUGAAUUCUAUUAUCUUUACAAAUAUAAGAUGAGAAAAUAAUUUUUUCAAUAUUUUUUAUUAAUCUUUUUAUAAAAUGAAAAGAAACUCCUAUGAUCGAUUAAGGAAGGUGGUUAUGGCUGGGUGGUUUGUGGGGGUUUGUUUUUUCUUUUCCUUUUUUUUUUUUUUUUUUUAAAACCUUAAGCUUUAAGUUGAAACAUUCUUGGAUGUUUGGGGGGAAAACAUCCUCUUAAAAUGGGUCCUUGUGCUUGCCUUCUGGGGAGGCGGUCCUGAGCAGGUGAAUCAUAUGGCAUUUAUGCAUAUGUUAUAUGCGGACUGCACCCACCUCUUCCCCCCACCCCCAACCUUUGCCUCUUGGGUUGUUGUGCUUCUUUCCCCUUACUUUGCUACAUUUCUAUAGUUAAGUUGGUUUUACUUGAAUGAUUCAUGUUUAGGGGGAAAAAAUGAAAACACCCUUCAAAUUUGUUUCAACUCCUCCUGCAAAUAAAUAAAUAAAUGAAGAAGGCAGAUGUAAA